GACACGCCGCUGUUGUCGUGAGGUGAGUUCGAAAUUUUGGAGUUUUGCGUGGGGUAGGCAGGCAUUAAGUAGAAGUUUCUCCAUUUUGGCAGAGUAACUCGAUCGGAAAUAGCCAUCAAGGGCCACAGCACGUAUGCUGCGAGUGUCGUGACAUACAAAGUCUAUCUAUUAGGAUACUUUACCCCCACAGCCUUCUCUCAUUUGAGCUUCAGUUUGCGAACGAGUCACGACGAUAAUGUGUGAAAGCAGUUGAUAUACGCGUGGAAAAAUUCCUUUCAGGUAAAAAAACAUAGUUUCCAAUUUACAGACUUAAUUACUCUUCAGAUCAGGAUCGUUUGAACAAUAUUUUUCAGUUUGUACACUAAGUAUCCAUGUUGCCGGUAGCCGGCUUAGCAUGAAAAAAAUCUGCUUUUGUUUCACUUUGGUCGUUAUCACACUUUUUUCUUGAGGGUAAACGACCUGUAGCCAGAUAAAUUAAACAAGAAAAGACGCCGUUCAUUUGCGAACAGAUCACCUAAUGAAUAGUAAACAUGAAAGGCGCAACGCACGUUUUGGAGCUUUUGCUUUUUUUUAAAUCACGUUUCAGAUAACUCAACGACUUAUACCGUUUAGGACCACGAGCAAAUAUUUCAAAGAACAUAACUUACAAAAAAUUCAGUAUUUUGUCAACUUGCAGCGUUCAGAAAAAGCCAAUCGGCACAUCAGUUACAACUUUAAUUAAGCGUUGAUGUCUCAAUUCCAAGCUGCCGAUGUACUGAAACAUUUGUGAUGGUUACAUAGAAGUUUACUGAGUUAAUGCAACCUAUCGUUCGUUUCAAGAAGUUUGAAGUCUUUUAAACGUAUUCCUUUUAGGUUCCAUUGAUGAUAUAAACCUCGAUCGACUUCCGCACUUUUAGACUCAAAACAUAUAAGAAAAACAUCAACACAAUAUGCAAAGUUUGAGGUUGUUAUGAAAUGCAAAUACACUCCGCUAUUGUUCACCGAAUGCCAUAUUUACGGCAUUGCCGAUACAAUUGUGUCUAUAUUGUCUUCACCGCCAACUUUGACUAAACAAGUUAUAAUUUCCAAUUACAUUUGCCCUUUUGUUUAUACUUCUGCUUUGCAUUGUUAGCACUUCAAUGACUUUUUUCCAACUGGUGCUGAGCUACUCAAGAAAACAUAGUGCAGAGAAGUCGUUUGCGCAUUUCAUUUCGUCCUCUAAAUCAAUGAGAUAUUUUCACACAUUUGUCAUUUUGAGGAAGCUACCUCGACAAUUACUGAGGUAUAUUGCAAUUUCUUUGCGUGAUCUGACACCUUAUCCGGUAAUCCAUGAAUGAAUUGACUGAUUGAUUGACUCAUUGACGAAACGAUAACACUCCAAUGGACCCUGAAGAAAAUAGUCAGAACUAAACUUUAUUUAGUACCUAUGUAAUCUUUUCUAAAGAUCAGCUAAACAAUUCGUUAGAUCAAACAUAGUGAUCUUGGUUAGAAAUAUGAUGAGCCAGGUAAGUAUGUGGUCAGAUAAGCUCAAAAGUACAUUUGUCGUGAAGAGUUUUGUUUUUAAGUUUAUUUUCGUUGUCACGACAUUCAAUGUUUACUUUGGCUGCGGUAUCACUUUGAGUUAUGUCCAAUCACGCGAUUUAAGGAUCACUGAGAAAUAAGCAGAUUCGACCCUUCCUCAGGUGAGGCCAUCGAAAGAGGUCUAUGAAAUUGCUAACCUUUGUUUAGAAGAUUAAGAAAAGCCACGAAUAAUGAAUUUAUCUCUAGACAAACCCCAGGAGCGUUUUUUUUUAAACUGUCAAAUUUGGUCCGAUGCCAUGCAUUUCUUUGAACCGAAACUGAUUUCUUCUCACGGCCCGUUUCGGUCAGAGGCCUAUAACCAAUAUAACGGAGCAUGGUAUGGGCAUGGGCAUAUACAGACAAAGAACACAGAGGAGGGCUUUGAAAUUCCUUUAACGUGAAACGCAUUUCAACUGUCUGGAAUUAGGACAAACUACACAAAAUUUACGAGUUAAGCACCGUAUCUACUUGCUGGUUUAUCAAAUCAAAAGUUCUGCUAGACUCAUGCGACAGAAGUAUGUAGCUGCGCAAUGAAUUUAGGGCGACUAUUCUUACCGAAAAGUUACAUAAUAUUUUCUCUUGAUAUUUUGGAAAAUUCUCAACCAAACGCCGGAGAGCAGAAAGAAAGAUAAACGGAAGUUAUUUCUUAGGAUAUUUUGACUUUCAUGUUUCUCGAGAAGGUAAAAUGAAUUAUCUUUCGUUAGCUUUUUCUUUCAUUGUCAUAAGUUUUCCCGACUUUUCAUGCAGUGAACUACAAAAGAUUGAAAGACACAAAGCAAACAGUUUUGUUUAAGAAUACAAUUGGUGUCAAUUAUUGACGUUGUGUCUCUGAAAAAACCCCUAAAAAUAGGACUUGUUGAUCAAAAUGUGUGUAAUCAAACAUUUUCUGGUAGGACCCGGUUUUUUAGUUUAAUUACUUGUGAUGCCGACACGUUAAAUUAGGCAAAGAGUGAUCUGAGGAAACUCAAAUGCUACCGUGCGCGAGCUUGGAAUUCAAUAUAAGCAAUUCAAUUAACGGGAUAGAAAUUUCAAGUUUUUUGACCUUGCCAUAUCCUGAGAUCACUAUCGGACGCACAGGUUCUUGCCGCUCAAAAGUGCAUUAUUCUUUAUUAAUAUUGUUUCUUUUACUUCAAUAUCACAUCUUAUAUUCUCUUUCUCUCACCCGAGGCCGUUAGACUACUCCGAAUUGAAUAAGACUACUACAAAACUUUUGCGUCUUGCUCAUGCGUGACUUACAGAUAUUUGUUUUUUAACCCACAGAUAUGGAAAUGUUCUUUUGUGAGAUCGAUAAAGAUAACGUCCUAAACGAAGAGCAACGCUCCAAACACGAUACACUGGCAAAGAAAGUGUUAACAUUUCGCCGACAGGAAUAUGUUGUAAAGGCCACAGCCGACUCUCCUUGUUUCCCAAGCAUGUCUAGGUCAUACGUGGAGCAAGUUAGUAAUGUGGCCUGGCCAAAAAACAGAUUUUUUCGACAGCGUUCGCAUUCAUACCCAAUGGUGAAGCGUCUAAACCCGUUGCCAUGCCUGAUAGAGGAAGAUGAAAACCUAGAGUUGGAAAAGCCAGCGAUUAUUAACACAAGGGUUCCUGAGGUAAAGAAAUUGAACUGGACAGACAACAAGUUAUCAGAUGAGUGGCUGAACAAGAUCAACAGACUAACAUCCACCAUGAAUCACUUGGAGAUUUGCACACCAAAAAGCCCUCAUCGCUCCGGAAAAUUGCCUACGCUAAACUCUAGCAGUGAUAGAAAAAGAGCAGGAUUUGUUCCUUGUCGUCAAGACUCGUCUAAAAUACAUGGAAUUACACCAUCUGAACGCUUUGUAAAGGUUGUGAGGAAGGAAAGCUUGCCUCAACUUUCUGACGUACGCAAACCUGAUUCAACGUACAUUUCCUUGAUCAGCGGAUUAACACAGGAAACACAAAAGCAGACGCAUGCGCAAUUUGGUGGACACCACAUAGAUGGAGAGGGAACGAAUCAUGAACUAAAGAAGGCGAAAAACUGUAAAAAUCUAAAUUGCAUUCAAAUGAACAUGUUUACUCAACGAAAGCUUUUCUGCUCUUCCCCCAACGCUCAUCGUCAACUGUCGAGCAGUUGCGAGUACAUUAAACAGAUUGGCCGGUAGAUAAGGAUGCUAGCUAGUUCAUAACUGAUACAUGGUGGUAUACAGAUAAUGUUACCUGCCAAUCGUGCACAAGGGAAGCGUGAAACAAGAGGACAAUAACACGGGGAAAGGUGUGGUGUAGAUAAUAAUGUGUUCGUUAAACCAAUGGUCUCUUUAAUUUUGCGCGAGCUCCUAACGAUGAUCUGUUAAAAAAAAAAAAAACUAGUCGUUCGUGACUGCAGCGCUAUUAGACUGAGUUGAGUCAACCCAAAACCUUAGGAAAUUGAAGGAGCCAUUUUAAAGCAGUGAAAACUUUCUGCCCAUAAGAAGUUCAUCCAGCAUCUGCUAGUGAUCAACCUCAAAUCACAGAGGUGACUAAGUCAGGAUUGAUUUUGACAUGCAACAUUAAUUUUCUCUGAAUUAUUUGUAAAUUAAUUAGAAUCCAAUAAAUCAAAAGGAAAAAGUUUUAAAGGAAAAUUUCGUUUUUCUACAUGUAUUGAAAGAAAAGUUAUUUGAGUUAAAUUAUUUCUUUGAAAACAGCACAAGAAAAUGUUUUAUUUGACUUGAAAAGAGAGGCUACGCAGAUUUUGAAAUAGCGAUCUGUUGUGUCUGUCUAUUAAAGUUGUAAUUGUGAAAUGUGUGUCCCAGGUAAAUUUAACUAGAAGCCAAAAGUUGAUUAUUUCUUGUAUAUUAUAUUAAAUUAAAAAAUAUCAACGAUGCAAUCUAUUAUGUAAGUCUGUCAAGUCUACGCGAU